AUGAUCUCAGCAUUCUUCAUAUUCAACCAGAAGGGCGAAGUGCUCAUCUCUAGAUUAUUCCGCCCAGACGUACGACGGUCUAUAUCCGAUGUAUUCCGCAUCCAGGUGAUCUCGAGUAGCGAGGUCAGGUCACCCAUUAUCACCCUCGGCUCGACCAGCUUCUUCCAUGUCCGCGUCAACAACCUCUACUUUGUCGCAGUUACCAAGAAUAAUGCAAACGCUGCACUUGUAUUCGAGUUUUGCUACCGCUUGAACGCCAUCUGCAAGGCGUACUUCGGUAAGGUCGAUGAGGAGUCCGUGAAGAACAACUUCGUGGUGAUAUACGAGCUCAUUGAUGAGAUCGUGGACUUUGGCUAUCCGCAGAAUAGCGAAAUUGACACGCUGAAGUCGUACAUCACAACGGAAAGCAUCGUUUCUUCAGUCAUUGCAACGGAAGAGAGCUCGCGGAUCACAUCACAGGCUACUGGCGCGACGAGUUGGAGGAGGGGGGACGUCAAGUACAAAAAGAACGAGGCGUUUGUUGACGUUGUGGAGACGGUAAAUCUUAGCAUGAGCGCAAAAGGAACUGUACUCCGCGCGGAUGUCGAUGGGCACAUCCAAAUGCGCGCAUACUUGACUGGGACGCCCGAAUGCAAGUUCGGCUUGAACGACAAGCUCGUUAUUGACAAGAGCGAGAAGGGCGCCAUCGACGCUGUAGAGCUCGAUGAUUGUCGCUUCCAUCAAUGUGUACGGUUGAACGAAUUCGACUCUACACGGACGAUCAGUUUCAUCCCACCAGAUGGCGAGUUUGAGUUGAUGACAUACCGGUCAACAACGAACGUCAAGUUGCCCUUGAAGGUUAUCCCUACCGUGACUGAAGUCGGCAAGACUCAAGUCACGUAUGUCAUCGCCGUCAAGACGAACUUCGGCAACAAGCUCUCCGCGACAAAUGUCGUACUACGGAUACCCACGCCUCUGAAUACCACCUCCGUCGACUGCAAGGUCGCGAACGGCAAGGCGAAGUACGCACCGUCAGAGAACGUCAUCAUCUGGAAAUUACCGCGCAUACAAGGAGGUCAAGAAGUGACUUUGCACGCCACAGCCGACCUCACGCAAACGACGCAUCGCACAGCAUGGGCACGACCGCCCAUCGAUGUCGACUUCCAAGUGUUGAUGUUCACAGCGUCGGGCUUGAUAGUGCGCUUCCUGAAAGUGUUCGAAAAGAGCAAUUACCACAGUGUGAAAUGGGUGCGAUAUUUGACCAAAGCUAGUGGAUCGUAUCAGAUCAGGUUCUGA